AUUCCUUUCACAGAGCACUUUGUUUCAGAAGAAGAGACGGAACAAACGUGUGACAGAAAUGAUGUUGUUUAUCAGGCUGUCUUUAUGCUUAUUCUGUGGAGCUUUAGCUGUAGCAGCUGCUAUUUGGAAGGUAAAUCCGAACAUCGUACCUCCAGCCAGCAGGAGUGAAACUCCGAGACCACACAAGCCUCAACUUCAGCAGCCCAGGGAUGUCCAGCAAGAGAAGCAGUUCACCAGAGAACCUUUAGCGUGGAGGUAUCCUGAGCCACCAGCAGAGGAGGAGUCCCUCUUCCCUCCACAUUUUGAGCUCAAGGUGCCAAUGCGGGCUGAAAGCGUCGGGGCAAUCUGUGGUGAGAACUCUGUCCGGGUGGAGGCCAAAAAAGACCUGCUGGGGAUCGGUAAACCUGUCUUAACUGAAGAUGUCACACUGGGAGGAUGUGCUGCCGUAGGCGAGGAUCCUGAAGCUGAAAUCAUGAUCUUUGAGUCCGAGCUGCAUGGUUGUGGCAGUCACCUGCUGAUGUCUGAAGACCUGCUGACCUAUGCAUUCACAUUACUUUACACCCCCACUCCUCUGGGAGACGGGUCCAUCGUUCGAGGAAGUGACGUCUCAGUCAGUAUCGAGUGCCACUACCAGAGGAAGCAUGACGUAAGCAGUGGGCUGCUGAAGCCGACCUGGAUUCCAUUCACCGACAGCAAAUACUCAGAGGAAAGUCUUUACUUCUCCCUGCAACUCAUGACUGACGACUGGCAGCUCCCUCGGCCAUCUUCUCAGUUCCUGCUGGGUGACAUAAUGAAGUUUGAAGCCUCAGUUAAGCAGUUUCAUCAUGUUCCUCUACGAGUGAAUGUGGACAGCUGUGUGGCCACUGUUGUCCCGAAUGCUGACACUGUCCCUCGAUACAGCUUUCUUGGAAACAGCGGAUGUCUGUUCGACAGUCAGCUGACAGGCUCCAGCUCCAAGUUCCUGCCUCGGACUCGGGAUGACAAGCUGCACUUCCAGGUGGAGGCGUUUAGGUUUGAGCAGGACUACAGCGGCGUGCUUUACAUCACCUGCAGUAUGAAAGCCACAGCUGCUGCUGCACCAGUCAGUGCAACAAACAAGGCCUGUUCAUUUACCAACGGGUGGAGGGAAGCCAGCGGCAUUCAUCACACCUGCUCCUGUUGUGAUACUGACUGCAGUAGUGGCAGGAGCGACCUGGACGGGAUGGGUGCUAUAUCAGAGCGAGAAACGGUUUUUGGACCAAUCGUAGUGAAGGAAAGACCUCAACGAGGGAGAAACUAAAGUCCAAUAAAACUGGCACACAGA